CCGGCCCGGUUGGCAAGUUUGGCACCACGAGCACGCGCACUGCCUUUCCCCGCUGCCUACAACGCCUUUCUACCCUCGGAUCACAAUCCAACGGCCCAGACACCUUCUCCUCAACAACUCAAGAGCGUUGGCGGCAGCCACCGGACCCGAACGAAGCCCAGCGCCGCCGCUGUUUCCGAAGACUCUUCUUUUCCUCCACCACCGGCCCGGCGACGCUAAUGGAGAAGAGCAGUGGCGCCGCCGCUGGAGGCACCGCCCCGCCGUCGCCGUUCCAAAUGGAGGAUUUCCAGCUGGAGGGGAAGAAGCCCGUCAAGAACCCCUUCGUCCCCAUCGGUGCAUUGGUGACUGCUGGAGUUCUGACUGCUGGUCUGAUCAGUUUCCGAUAUGGGAACUCUCAACUAGGCCAAAAACUGAUGAGGGCGCGUGUUGUUGCCCAAGGUGCAACAGUCGCUCUGAUGAUUGGCAGCGCUUACUACUACGGUGAUCAAAUCAAGCUGUUCAAGAAAGGAUCUAGCCCAUGAACUUCACUGGAGUGGAUGUUGCUCCUUUUAGCAUAUGGAAUGUCAUAUGUACGCUGAAAGUUUACCUGGAUCCUGCUGUUUGUCCCUCCUAACAUUGGGCUUAACCAUGUCAUUUUGUCCUGACAUGCGAUAGCUAGCCAGAAUUGGGUAUUGGUUCGAUCAACAGGCCUGAUAAUAAAUAGUUUGUUUGUUGAAUAUGUCAUGCAUUAUUUCUUAAAAUGAUCGUAUCAUUUUGCUGUU